AUGGGUAGCCGUCCCACAGUGCAGUAUGUGUCGUCGCUGGCCGAGCUGCCUCAGGCGCUGCAGCCGUACUACACGCAGGGCCACGGCCCGGCCGCCCCGCCCCAAAAAAAGGAGCCCCCUCGGCGCCCCCAGCCGUACUACACGCAGGGCUACGUCCUGGCCGCCCUGCACCCCAUCAUCCUGUCAGUGGGGCGCACGCGCUCGCUGCCCUUUAGCCUGCUGUACCGCGCUGUCCUGGCCAGGCCCAGACUGAAUCAACAGACGGCAUCCAUGUGCCACAGCGUGCCUGUGCUAAGGGUGGAAGAGUGGCCACUACCCGGAGACUCACUGACCGGCGAGAUUGUUCGAGCACUAAUUGACAGGGUGAACAGCAGUGCCCGUGGGGGGGUCCGUUUCGUCGGCUCAGUCCUCCAGCAGGUGAGCGUGUUGAGCAACGGCAGCCGGCUGCACAGUCCGAAGAGGGGCUGCCGCUCUCCCCCACACACUCCCCCUCGAACCCCUCCAGGAGACAGAGAACUGGAGGAUACCGUCGCAUACAGUCCUGACAUGCGACUUCUGGUCUUCUUCCACUCCUGGGCUCCGGGUUGCGCCCCUCUGGAAUCGUUGGCAUGCCAGUACCACCAGGGGGCGUUGUCCAUGCGCGUCUCCAGGAAGGGCCAGGUGGUGAGUGCCCUGGAAGCCGAUUGGCUGGAGCUGACGGCCGCCUACUACCGCAGAGGCUGGUCGCUGGUGGACUCCUUUGUCUACUGGGAUACCCCAAAAGGUGAACCCGUGCCACGGUCGCUGGAAGGCCUUUUUGUGUACGAAGAGAAGAGCACCGCCCCUCCUGCCAACGACACCAUCGUGGUGGAGCAGUGGACUGUCAUUGAGGGAUCCAGUGUGAAAACAGACUACGGGCCGCUACUUCACACUCUGGCUGAGUUUGGAUGGCUGCUGACGUGCGUGCUGCCCACUCCUAUCAUUCGACAUGACAGUGAUGGGAAUCUGGCCACCAAGCAAGUUGUGUUUCUUCAGCGGCCUGUCAGGAGUCAGGCAGCAGCACAGCACAGGAACCAGGUUCUGUCGGUGCACUGCGACGUAUCCAGCCGCUCCGUCAGCGGCGCCGCGCUUCGGCAGGAGCUCUCCCCUGUGGCCGGGGGCAUCGGUGGCUUUCCGGCCUUUGGAGCCCCCAGCUCGAUGUCGCACCUGGAGGAGGGCUGCUUCGACCAGGAGGAGGGCAAAGCGGAGGUCACCUGCAUGUGAGCG